UUAUCCAACUUCUUUGGUAAUAUAGUAAAUUAUUGUCUGAAAAUAUUAUUACCACAAUCCCUUAAAAAAAAAAUGAUAAAAAUGCUUAUAAAACGCCUUUUUCGGGUUCCAAAGGAGAGUACUGCCUGUGUUUUCAUUAGGCAUAGCCAUAAAUAUAAUUUGUACCGUUUAUAACUAACUCGGGGUACCGUCUUACAUAAACACCCUAAUGAAUAAACUGCAGCCAAGUUCAUACGCGGUCACACAUGUCACACACAAAGACGAAUAAGCGUGCAAAGUAAAAUGACAAAAGCAACGGUUUUCAUUUCACAUUUAUCGCGCGUUUCGCACACUUCUGCUCAUUCGUUUGCUGCUGAUUGGCUCAUAUAUAAUUGUGUGAUUCUGCAAAUUUCGCCAUUCGAAUAAAUUUUCCAAUUGUGUGUGUAAAUUAAUAAAAUAAACUAAAUAAUUUAUAAAUAUAAUUAUUUAAUUAUUAAGAGAAAAUUAUAGACUAGACUAAAGUAAAUUUAACGUGUAAAUAUGGAAAUUAACGAGACGAAUUUGCAAUCAUUGGCCGGCUAUUUGGAGCUAACGCUCAGCCCUGAUCCCAAUGUGAGAAAACCAGUUGAAAAAUCAUUGGAAUCAAUUGAGAUGCACCGUAAUUAUCCAGUACUUUUAUUAAAUCUCAUCGACAAGCAAGAUAUGGACAUGACAAUACGCGUUGCUGGCGCCAUUGCUUUUAAGAACUACAUCAAACGUAAUUGGGCAGCACAUGAAGAUACAGAUGGACCAGAUAAAAUACAUCAAGAUGAUCGCAAUACAAUUAAAGCGCUUAUUGUUACGCUUAUGUUACGUUCACCUUCAGCAAUACAAAAACAACUUAGUGAUGCCGUAAGCAUAAUCGGCAAACAUGAUUUCCCAAAGAAGUGGCCACAACUUAUCGAUGAAAUGGUGGAGAAGUUCGCCACAGGCGAUUUUAAUGUGAUUAAUGGUGUGCUACAAACAGCGCAUUCACUCUUCAAACGUUAUCGUUAUGAAUUUAAAUCACAAAGUUUAUGGGAAGAAAUCAAAUUGGUAUUGGACCGCAUGGCUAAGCCGUUGACUGAUUUAUUGAUAAACACCAUACAAUUGGCUAAAGUACAUGAAAACAACACCGAAGCGUUGAAGGUUAUUUAUGGAUCUUUGGUGUUGGUAUGUAAAGUGUUUUUCUCAUUGAAUUCGCAAGAUUUGCCCGAGUUCUUUGAAGAUAACAUGUCCGUUUGGAUGACGGCAUUCAAUGAUUUACUGACUGCCGAUGUGCCCUGCUUGCGCACGGGUGAGGAUGAAGAUGCCGGUGUUUUGGAACAUUUACGUUCACAAAUUUGCGAGAAUAUUGGUUUGUAUGCGCAGAAAUACGACGAAGAGUUCGGUACGUAUAUGCAAACAUUCGUUACUGCGGUGUGGGAAUUGCUUGUGAAGACUGGAAUUCAGACGAAAUACGAUUCCCUUGUUUCAAAUGCUUUGCAAUUCCUCUCAGUUGUGGCUGAACGCAAUCAUUAUAGGAAGAUAUUUGAAAAUCCCGAAAUACUUGCAAAUAUUUGUGAAAAGGUAGUCAUACCGAAUUUGGACUUUCGUCAAUCGGAUGAGGAAUUAUUCGAGGACAGCCCAGAGGAGUAUAUUCGCCGCGAUAUUGAGGGUUCUGACAUUGAUACUCGCCGGCGUGCAGCCUGUGAUCUUGUCAAAACUUUGAGUCAGAAUUUUGAAGCGAAAAUAUUUGCCAUUUUUGGCCAAUAUUUGGAAAUAUUAUUGGCCAAGUAUAAGGAAAAUCCCGCCGCAAAUUGGCGUGCCAAAGACACAGCUGUUUAUCUGGUCACCUCGUUGGCAUCACGCGGCGGCACACAGAAACAUGGCAUAACACACGUUUCAGAAUUAGUGCCCUUACCACAAUUUUGUGCGCAACACAUUGUGCCCGAGUUGGAGCGUCCGAAUAUUAAUGAGUUGCCUGUGUUGAAGUCUGCAGCCAUCAAAUUUGUUAUGGUUUUCCGUAGUCUAUUGGGUCCUCAAACUCUACUCGCAUGCAUUCCACAUUUAAUACGUCAUCUGCCGGCAGAAAGCGUUGUAGUGCACAGUUAUGCCGCUUGCGCUAUCGAGAAGAUAUUGGUAAUGCGUGAUAGCAACCAACAAUUGGUGAUUACGGCACAGCAUCUGACGCCAUUCAUCAAUGAUUUGCUGGGUGGUCUUUUUGGCACAUUGGCCUUGCCCGGUUCCAGUGAAAAUGAAUAUGUGAUGAAAGCUAUCAUGCGCAGUUUUUCGACAUUACAAGAGGCGGCCAUGCCUUAUAUGGCUGUAGCUUUGCCGCGUUUGACCGAAAUUCUGACUUUGGUUGCGAAAAAUCCAUCGCGUCCGCACUUUAAUCAUUAUCUCUUUGAAACGCUCUCAUUGGCCGUGAAAAUCGUUUGCAAAACCGAACCUGCAGCUGUUAGCUCCUUCGAGGAAGCCUUAUUCCCCGUAUUCCAAGGCAUAUUACAGCAGGAUAUUUUGGAAUUCAUGCCUUAUGUUUUCCAAAUGCUCUCAUUGCUUUUGGAAAUACGUGAGGGUAGUGGCUCCAUACCUGAACCUUACUGGGCGCUCUUCCCUUGCUUGCUGGUGCCCGCUUUGUGGGAUCGUCCCGGCAAUGUUACGCCACUUAUUCGGCUUAUAACUGCAUUUAUCAGGCAAGGAUCUGCGCAGAUAGGCGCUUUGGGCAAAUUGAAUGCUGUUUUGGGCAUUUUCCAAAAGAUGAUCGCAUCCAAAUCGAAUGAUCAUGAGGGUUUCUAUCUCAUGCAAAAUCUACUUGCCUACUAUCCCAACGCUGAAUUGCAACCCAAUAUGCGUCAGAUAUUCGCUUUGCUCUUCCAGCGUCUAUCACUCUCGAAGACAACGAAAUAUGUACGUGGCAUAAUAGUAUUCCUCUGCUAUUAUACGGCUAAAAUGGGUGCCACACCUUUGGUGGAAUUAAUCGAUCAAAUACAGGCUAAUAUGUUUGGCAUGGUUGUAGAUCGCGUCUUCAUACCGGACAUGGCUAAGGUCUCGUCCGAGAUGGAUCGUAAAAUCGUUGCUGUCGGCAUAGCGAAAAUACUCACAGAGUGUCCGGCAAUGCUUGCGCCACCCUAUUUGGAACGCUGGUCACGUUUGCUACAAGCAUUGGUCGAGCUUUUCGAGCUGCCACCAGAUCAAACAACGCUGGACGGCGAUCAUUUCAUUGAGGUUGAUGAUGCACCCGGCUAUCAGGCGGCUUUCUCACAACUAAGCUAUGCCCAACCGAAAUCACAAGAUUUCCUUGCCGAUAUCUCAGACGGACGCAAAUAUUUGGCCGAAUCCUUGGGCAAAUUGGCACAAACGCGACCGGGUGAACUGCCCACAUUGGUCGCUAUACUUGGCGAUAAUCACAAGCAGGCCCUGCAGAAGUACUGCGAUCAAGCGGGCGUACGCAUAGCUUAGGGGCGUCAAUUUGUUAUAAAUACUAAUAAGAAUAAUAAAUAAAGUUAAGCAGUAGAUUUGGCUUAACAAAAGGCAGUUCGAAACCAUUAACCUUUUUUUUUUUAAUAUCACACAUACUCAAACGCACACUUCCAAACACACACGCGCGUAUUUGUCUUUGGCGUGUAAAACGCAGACUUGUGCAUUUACCGUUAUAAUUUUCAUUGUUCCAGUGUCGUCGUUUAAUUAUCAUACAUUAUCUCUAUUUUAUUGUAAUAAUUUUGUUCAAAACUUUAAAAAUAAAUAGUAGAAAAAA